UCCUGACAUAAAACUGUUCUUCCCUCCAGAGUGUUUAAUUCCUGAGGCAAUGAUAUUAACAAAAAAAAGCAAAUAAUAGAAAACAUUUGUAUACUGUUUACUGUGUCAGUGACUGUUCCAAACACGCUGCAUGUAUUGAGUACCUGAAAUCUCACACCAACCCUAUGAAUUAGGUAUUCUUAGUAAGCCUAUAUGAGGAAACAGACAAUUUUUUAAUAGAGUAAUAAUGGGCAUUUUGGCUUCAAAUACAGGUUUCUGUUUGGAUACACUAAGGCCCAGUUGUAAUGUGGAGGAUUCUACCCACUAAACAAGAGUUUCUAAACAUUUUGAAGCUUUUAAAUUUUCCAUUGAAGCCCCUGUGCCAGGAACUCUACCUCCAGUGAAUUGCUGGAAGAAAGUGUAGUUUCACAUUGUUAAGCAUGACUGCCAUAAACACAUUUAAUUUCUCAGAACUUCUAGUGAUGGCUCAUGGAACUCUGGGUUUGGAGCAUCAUAUAUUCCUAGCUGAGAGAAACCUUAUAACUGGCCCAACCUCUCAGAAAAAUGUGCAUAAAGUCACACGGCACAUUAAUGAUGAACCCAGGCCACAAACCCUGGACUCCUGACUCCCAAUUAUUUUAAUCUUUGUACUUUUCUGCCUUGUUAAACACAAUUAAGAAACCUACCAAGUGUGCUAUCCAGCUAAAGUAGAAAAAUGAAAUGGACAGUUAAAACUAUUAAGCUAAUUCAUAAAUUCUCAUGGCUGGAAGCUCUUAUUCACUUUCACUUGGAAAAAUAGCCAGAGCUCAUUUGAGGGCAACUGUAGUAGAGAAGAAUUAAGAGCAGAGCAUGCAUAGCACAGUUGUUACAUUACAGGGGAAUAACUGGGGGAAAAAAAUGACUUAAAGUGGAAACAAACUUUAAGAUAUUCAAAUAAGAGCAUGACAAGGACCUGGGAAUUCUGAGGUUUAAAUCUAAUAAGAUAGGCUUAAGCAGUAGAUUCUCUGCUCUAGGGCUUGGGCUUUGGCAGUACCAGGCUGGUUAAGGUGUCAUGGUAUCAGCUUGCAAAUGUUCUGGUUGAAGCUGUACCAAAUGAGAUUCAGGGAUUCUGAUUUAGCUGACACUGAAUGAAUACUUGUCAUAUACUUGGCGCUGGUCAUGGACAAGACACAAUCUCUGCUUUAUUAAGGAUAUUCAGAAGUAGCCAAGAGAAGAAAGUAACAAGGGACUAAUAUACAAGGAACCAAGCGCUCUCAUGGAGAUACGGGAGACGCGCUGCAGACAUACCAAGAGGAGUGCUGUUCACUUUGACUAGAAGCAAGGCUUCCUGGAAAAGGUGCUACCUUUUUACCUACACUUAAGUGACACAAAAUGCCCUUCAAUGGCGAGAAGCAGUGUGUGGGAGAGGACCAGCCAAGCGAUUCUGAUUCUUCCCGGUUUUCCGAAAGCAUGGCUUCGCUCAGUGACUAUGAAUGCUCCAGGCAGAGCUUUACAAGUGACUCCUCCAGCAAAUCCAGCUCUCCUGCUUCAACAAGCCCUCCAAGGGUUGUAACAUUUGAUGAAGUGAUGGCUGCAGCAAGGAACUUGUCAAACUUGACUCUUGCUCACGAGAUUGCCGUAAAUGAGAACUUUCAAUUGAAACAAGAGGCCCUCCCAGAAAACAGUUUGGCUGGUCGAGUGAAGCACAUUGUUCACCAGGCCUUCUGGGACGUCUUGGAUUCAGAACUAAAUGCUGACCCUCCUGAGUUUGAACAUGCCAUCAAACUGUUUGAAGAAAUCAGAGAGAUUCUUCUCUCUUUUCUGACUCCUGGUGGCAACCGGCUUCGCAACCAGAUCUGUGAAGUUUUGGACACAGACCUCAUUAGGCAGCAGGCUGAGCACAGUGCUGUUGACAUCCAAGGCUUAGCCAACUAUGUCAUCAGUAUGAUGGGAAAGCUGUGUGCUCCCGUGCGAGAUAACGAUAUCAGAGAGUUAAAGGCCACUGGCAACAUUGUGGAGGUGCUGAGACAAAUAUUCCAUGUCCUGGACCUCAUGGAAAUGGACAUGGCCAAUUUUACAAUUAUGAGUCUCAGACCACACCUUCAACGCCAGUUGGUGGAAUAUGAGAGAACCAAGUUCCAGGAAAUUUUGGAAGAAACUCCAAGUGCUCUUGAUCAGACUACAGAAUGGAUAAAGGAAUCUGUAAAUGAAGAAUUAUUUUCUCUUUCUGAGAGUGCUUUAACUCCUGGGGCUGAAAAUACCUCCAAGCCAAGCCUGAGCCCUACUUUGGUGCUAAAUAAUAGUUACUUGAAACUGUUACAGUGGGAUUAUCAGAAAAAAGAAUUACCAGAGACACUCAUGACAGAUGGAGCACGUCUUCAGGAACUGACAGAAAAGCUGAAUCAAUUGAAAAUUAUUGCCUGCCUGUCCCUAAUUACCAACAACAUGGUGGGUGCUAUUACAGAAGGCCUGCCUGAGCUUGCAGGCAGGUUAAAAAGGAUUUCAGCUGUUCUACUUGAAGGCAUGAACAAAGAGACCUUUAACUUGAAGGAAGUCCUGAAUUCUAUUGGUGUUCAGACUUGUGUUGAGGUUAACAAGACCCUGAUGGAAAGAGGUUUACCCACUUUAAAUGCUGAGAUUCAAGCUAAUCUUAUAGGUCAAUUUUCAAGCAUUGAAGAGGAGGACAAUCCUAUCUGGUCCUUGAUUGAUAAACGAAUUAAGCUUUACAUGAGAAGCCUACUUUGUCUUCCAAGCCCUCAAAAAUGCAUGCUUCCUAUGCCAGGAGGCCUAGCUGUCAUUCAGCAGGAGCUAGAAGCCCUAGGCUCUCAAUAUGCAAACAUUGUGAAUCUCAACAAACAAGUGUAUGGACCAUUUUAUGCAAAUAUACUUCGAAAGCUGCUCUUCAGUGAGGAAGCCAUGGGGAAGGUAGAUGCUUCACCUCCUACUAACUAAAGAAGAACUGACAUUGGAUGAGAGAUUGGAAAUCCAGCACUUUGGUAUCCAGUCCACUUCCACUGAUGGCAUUAGAGAUCGAGCACAUUCUCAGUACUGUGGUGCAGUAUUAGCCCAAAUCUGUGUAAUGGGUAAUAUUAGCAUUACAGAAGGCACACACAUAACAUAGACCCUCAGAAGACAUAAACAUCACAUAGACCCUAUUUGUGCAUCAUUUUCAAGUUUAAAACAGACAUUUGUAAUGAACAGAAAACAAUUUGUAAUUAAUUAUAUUACCUAUAUAAUACUUGUAAAUGUUUUCUUAACCAUUUAUAUUUGGCUUAUGACAUUCAACCCAUAAGGAGUUGUUUUUCUCACUUGUCAUUAUCAAACCUAAUGAUUUUCAAUUUUGGUAAAACUCCUUAAAGGGCUGAAGGUUGUGAGAAUAACUGAGGGAACUGAUGUUCUGAAUAAAUGAUGUGAAGUAAACAUAAUUGUAUUUGAAAUGUACAAUUACAUUUUAUUAAUGUGUUAAUAGAAGCUUACAAAGUAAGUCCUCAAAUUCCACAAAUAUACCAAAUCACACUUUAUAAUACCAUUGGUCAGUAUUUAUUUAGAAUUUUAAUGUAUUAAGUACAUUUUCAUGCUAUAUGCAAACUUUAGAUAAAACCUCCCUUGUUUGUUUAGUGAAAAUAGAAGCAACUCCCUUCUCAAAUUAUUCUAGAAGUUUGUUUCUUCUUACAAUUUAGCCUGCUCUCCAAGAAAAAUAGCCUGCUCUCCAAGAAAAACAAUUUUUGCACAAAUCUCUUAGUGAAUGUCCUUGCAUUUCUCAGGCCAUUGAUAAAGUUUAUAUAAGAGUUUAAUAUUUUUAUGUGAGGCAGGGUUCAUUUGGUUUACUUGUAAGAAGAAGAAAGGGAGUCAAUGAUAAAAUGAGAUCCCGUUCUCCAUGAAGUUCAUAUCUGAAAAAGAAACAGUUAAACUUUGGAUUUCUUACCCAUGUAACUUAACUGGCAGAAGUCUUUUGUGCUGAUGAAAGCUUUACUGUGUUAUGACCAAGAUGCCCUUCUAAGGAUCAUUAUCAUUUGCCAUUUUUUUUUUUUUGAGACACAGUCUCACUCUUGUCGCCCAGGCUGGAGUGCAGUGGCGCGAUCUCAGCUCACUGCAACCUCUGCCGCCUGGGUUCAAGCAAUUCUCCUGCCUCAGCCUCCCAAGUAGCUGGGACUACAGGUGCCCGCCACCAUGCCCAGCUAAUUUUUGUAUUUUUAGUAGAGACAGGGUUUCAUCAUGUUGGCCAGGCUUGUCUUGAACUCCUGACCUCGUGAUCCACCCGCCAGGGACUCCUCAAGUGCUGGGAUUACAGGCGUGAGCCACCACGCCCGGCCUCAUUUGCCAUUCUUUUUUUUUUUUUUUUUUUUUUUUUGAGAUGGAGGCUCACUCUGUUGCCCCGGCUGGAGUGCUGUGGCACAAUCUCAGCUCACUGCAACCUCCGCCUCCCAGGUUCAAGUGAUUCUCCUGCCUCAGCCUUCUGAGUGGCUGGGAUUACAGGCAUGUACCACCAUGCCCAGCUAAUUUUUGUAUUUUUACUAGAGACAAGGUUUCGCCAUGUUGGUGAGGCUGGUCUUGAACUCCUGACCUCGUGAUCUGCCCGCCUCAGCCUCCCAAAGUGCUGGGAUUACAGGUGUGAGCCACUGCGCCCGGCCUCAUUUGCCAUUCUUGAGCAUUAAAUCAAACCUUGCAAAGUUGGGCACUAGUUUGUCACUGAGACUUCAGAGAAAUCUGCUUAUCCUGGAAUUACUCUUCUUGGAGUGCUGUGGGAAGCACUACAGUUGGGAGGUACUUGGUCUAAAAAGAGCUUCAUUUGCAUAAAAUACAUUUUUGAUUGUUUUGUUUGCUAAGGACUCAAUUGAGCCCUAGUAGUUUGGUGAGGUAGAGUGGGUAGAAAAUAAAAAGUAUUCCUUUCUUCCCCAACCUUCUUUUCCUCACCACAACCUUCACCAUUACAGUGUUACUUCAUUAUUUUAUGAAGUUCUAGGAAAUGAUUGUGUGAACAAAUUGUCUUCAUUGUUUGUAUUUGGAGAAAUCUGCCAAAAUUUGAGGAAAGUAUGAACGUCAGUUUUUUUUUUCUCACAAUGCCCAAUACAUCAGCCAUUCUCUCCACGUAAGCUGCUGCGUGCCAGUGGAGUAUUACUGAAGAGUACACCAUUGGUCUUAGCUGUUUCUUUCUCCUCGUGCAGUCCUCUUCUGCCCAUGUUUUCCUAUGCACAGAAACUAUAAGGUGCUGAAGACAUUUAGUUUUCUCUUAAGCUGAAGGAGUUCUCAGCUGUUCUGUCUUUGGGGCAUGGGCAUCAGGGAGAAUCUGGCAGUAGAAAGGUAAUACGUAGUGUGAUUUUUUUGUUGCUUUCUGGGGUGAACUGUAUACUUAACAGGUGGUGUACUUUUUUAUUACCGGAUUUGAAUCCAGCUGAUCCUCUUUUAUAUACUUGAUUAUACUACAGUGGCCAGCAGGAAAACAACGUACAAAGUUUUUUUUUAAUGCAUUUAAAAUGAAGGGCAUUCUGCUUUUUUUUUUUUUUUUUAGUGGCAAAGUAAAUCUCAAUGUUUCAAGUCUGGAUUUAGGCAACUACAUUUACUAGGAUUUUUUAAAUUGUAUCCCUUAGCAUGUUGUUUAUUUGGUUUUUACUUAAAUGUUUACUUCUGAUGUUUUCCUAACAUGGUCUCAUUUUGUAAUGUAAAUUUGUAUUAAAUGCCAUACACACAUUUUCAUUCUUCUGCUAAAACAUGUAUUGUGUGCACUUACUAAAUUUUAAAGCAUUAAAAAUUAUUUCGAGAUA